UUGGGCUUGGGCUGGAAUACGUUGUUGAACACCAAGCUUUUCAAGAUGGUCCUCCUCAGCAGCAUUAGAAUUCUUCUCUGGGGACUGGUGCUUUUCACAGAACACAGAGUCCACAUGGGAACGGUAGGGGAGCGCUCUACUGGACCCCUGGCUGAAGCCCCUACCUUGCCCCUGAUUCAGGAGCUGCUCAAAGAAGCCCCUGACAAGCAGCAGAGGAAGCCACAGGUCCUAGAGCGCCCCAUGCGGUACAUGCUGGAGUUGUACCAGCGCUCAGCUGAUGCGCAUGGCCACCCGAGGGAGAACCGCACCAUUGGGGCAACCAUGGUGAGGCUGGUGAGGCCCUUGGCCAAUGUAGCAAAGCCCCUCAAAGGCCCUCGGCACAUACAGACCCUGGACUUUCCUUUGAGGCCAAACCAGGUAGCCUACCAACUAGUCAGAGCCACUGUGAUUUACCACCAUCAACUCCAACUAGCUGGCUUCCAGCUCUCCUGCCAUGUGGAACCCUGGGUCCAGAAAAGCCCAACCAACUGUUCUCCUUCCUUGGGAAGAGGUUCCUCAAAACCUUCCCUACUAUCUGAAGCUUGGACAGAAAUGGAUGUCACUCAACACGUUCAGAAAAGACUCCGGAAUCACAAGAGGCACCGGAUCCUACGACUGUGCUUCAUGUGUCAGCAUCAAAAAGGUAGUGCGGGUCAGGAGCUCCUGUGGCAUGGCACUUCAUCCUUGGACACUACCUUCUUGUUACUCUAUUUCAAUGACACUCAUAAAAGUGUUCAGAAGGCCAAACUUCUACCCGGAGGCCUGGAGGAAUUUAUGGAAAGGGACUCUUCUCUUCUCUUGCGUAGGGCACGGCAAGCAGGCAGUAUUGCAUCUAAGAUUCCUGGCCCCUCCCAGGAACAUGAUAGGCCUGAAAGUAACCAGUGUUCCCUCCACCAUUUCCAAGUCAGUUUCCACCAGCUGGGCUGGGAUCACUGGAUCAUUGCUCCCAAUCUCUAUACCCCAAACUACUGUAAGGGUGCCUGUCCUCGGGUACUACACUAUGGUCUCAACUCUCCUAAUCACGCCAUCAUCCAGAACCUUGUCAAUGAGCUGGUGAACCAGAGUGUCCCUCGGCCCUCGUGUGUCCCUUAUAAGUAUGUUCCCAUUAGCAUCCUUAUGGUUGAGGCUAAUGGGAGUAUCUUGUACAAGGAGUAUGAGGAUAUGAUUGCCCAGGCCUGCACAUGCAGGUGAUAGCACAGACACAGGUAGCUCGGGUUUCUCAAGAAAUUGGAGUAGGGUUUAGAAUAAAGAUACAAAUGUCAACGUUAAAGCUGCAGUGAUCCUCUAGCUAAACCAUGGGUUCUAUUUCUUGCCUUAAGUGUUGUUACUUAAGUCUCCUUCCCUGCUUAUGAUCUCACUUUAUAAAAACAGUCUGAUACCAAACAGUAUGUUUUGACCACUAAUCAGAGCCCUUAACGCUUAAGAUGUGCCUUUGGAUAUGCCCUCUAUUUUCUUGUCUUUUCAUGGUGACUCUGUUAAAAAGGUCACGAGUCCAUUAUGGAUACAGUUUUAGGCAUUGUCCCACCAAGACCUGGUAAAGGUGGAAUCAUUCUAGUGGUACAUCUUCUGAGAUUCUCUAGAAUAUUUGGGGUGAAGAAAGCAAACAGAUUUUUUAUGCUCCUCUUUCUUGCCUCCUAAAUUCUAGAAACUGGUAACCAAUCCUGCCUGCCUCUAUGCUUGGAUUACCAUCUAAAUCUAAACUAACUUUUCCCAGAUAUAUUAGAAAACUUGUAGCAAUAACCUCCACAAAAAUCCUUUAAGGGAAACAGAGGAAUGGCUUUUCCUACAUUAUUGGAGCUUUUCCUCUCAGCCUCUGGACCUGGGAAAAGUAUCUGAGUUUCCUUCCUGUCCUUGGGUGAGGAGAACAGCCUUCAAUAAGACCACUAGGGAAAUAUGGAGCUGUCUGAGACAAAAUCAUUUCAAAACCACCCACAUCUAUGGGGAAGAGAAAGAAAGAGCUGUCAUUUCUCAUUAGGAUUAUGUAUAGGGGAGUCAUUUUAACCUUCCCAUGGAAGACUAGAUUUCACAGGUUAUUGUCUUUAUGUAACACUUAAACCCCUGUUAAAUACUUCAUAUAGAAAGCUCUCUGGUGUCUCAGAGGCUAGGAGUUGGCCUCGUUGUGCGGGUAGAGAUUGCAGUGAGGAAGAUUAAAGAUCUGUGGGGAAGGAUGCAUCAUGUUGAAGUCUGACUUCAUUCUACGCUUGCCUGUUUGUGCAAGUUCAGUUUGGCUCUGGGCAUGGGACUCUGGAGGAGAUGGGCUUGCUGCCUUGGGGGGCAUGGAGCUCUACCUUGGACUGCAGGAUGCUUGCAGAAUAACUCUUUUUCAACUCCUGUGCUGUAUUGAAGUGAUGGGAACUGGGCUGUUACAAAUAAAUCAUUUUGUUAAAGA